UACCAGCCUCGCCCGGGCCAGAUGCAGAAGUACCAGCAGCCUGGUGCAUCCCCAUCAGUCCUAGCACCGGGCGAUCCCGUGUUAGAACUGAGGGAUCUAGUGACAACCUUGGUGAGCACUAGUACCCAAAAGUUCAAUAAAGUGGAGCAAUUCAUGGAAAUGGCUGCAGGCAAAUUCAUGGAGAUUGAGGCUGGCUAGAGAAACCAACAGGCACUAUUGCAGGAUAUGGACACCAAGAUCGGGCACCUGGCAGAUGCCCUUGCUUCCAGACUGGCUGGAACGCUUCCUGGACAACCCCUUCCAAACCCCAGAAAUCAUAAGGAGGGGUUGCAUGCCAUUAUGUUAAGAAGUGGGACUAUGACUGCGGAUGCACCGCAGAAGAGUGCCAAGAAGGUGACCCAAAUCACCCCAGAGCCGGAAGAAGACCUGGUGAUGGAAAAAGAGACAGAGGCUCAAGGUCCAAAGCCACAACCAGUAGUGGCUGUAUAUAAGCCUAAGCUCCCUUUUCCGACCAGGAUGUACAAAGACAGGCUGGAGGCAGAGUUCGACAACUUCUCGUCCAUGCUUAGGAAGUUGCAUUUCCAAGUUCCCUUCAUGGAGGCACUAUCUCUGAUGCCUAAGUACGCGAAGUUCCUGAAGGAGCUUCUCUCGAAGAAGCGUAGGCUGAGCGAGCUGGCCACUAUGGAGCUCAGCGAGGAGUGCUCGGCCAUUCUGCAGAACAAGCUUUCGCAGAAGCAAAAGGGCCCAGGUAGUUUUACUAUCCCAUGCUCUAUAUGUAAAUUGCAUGUAGAGAGGUCCUUGGCGGAUCGAGGUGCUAGUAUUAAUGUGAUACCAUAUAAAUUGUUCAAGAAACUAGGCCUAGGUGAACCCAGUGCAACUAGGAUGAGUAUUCAACUAGCUGACCAAUUUAUAGUGCAUCCUAGGGGCAUAGUGGAAGACCUUCUGGUUAAGGUUGACAGAUUCUUUUAUCAUGUGGAUUUUGUUGUCUUGGACAUCAAAGAAGACGCAAAAGUGCCUCUUAUACUGGGAAGGCCUUUCCUGGCCACCGCCAAGGCUCUCAUAGAUGUACAUGAUGGGACCUUAGUCUUGAGGGAUGGGGAGGAGCGAAUAACAUUUUCCAUUGCUAAUACUGCCCCUGCUUCAUCGCCUUUGCAUGAUGUUUCUCACCAGGAGCACGAGUCUGUCGUGUAUCCUUCUGUGCUUCCCAUUUUGCAGGACCCCCCUCCCAUAUCUUCGCCGCCACUCCCGUCCACUCCAUUCCCAAAAGAAAAGAUCAAUAAGGAGUGGCGGUCGAAGCUGCAUGUAGCCAAGCCUGCUCAAAAGAAAGCCGGAGACCACUAUGAGCUAGUCCUGCCUCCUGAGCCACGACUGCCUUGCCAUCCGAGUAUUCACUCGCUUGCAUCCUGUCGGAUGGUCAGGUCGACUUGACAAGUGCUGGUGGUCACACCCGUCGUGUGCAUGGCCACCAUCUGAAGCUGUACCUCAAGAGCGAUGUGGAUCCGCUCUUGGAAGCACCUGUUCCUACGCCUCUCUGAGCAUCCACCCUACUAGCGUCUAUCUAAAAGGCGGUAAAGAAGCGCUGGUGGGGAGGCAACCCCACCACGGUUUGCAUUUAUGUCCUUUCUCCUUUUCACUUUUGUCGGUUUUUGAGUCUUUGAGUCUAUCAAGAGUCUGUCUGGAAUGCAUUUCGUGCGCCGGAUGGUCUGUUUUUGUCUAUGGUGGUGUUUAUUUUCGAGUCGGGGCACGAAUGAGUUUGGUUGUCUGAAAAUGCAGUUUAAAAUUUUUGACAGGGGGCUCUCGGCAGUGCAACUACAGGCAAGGGGGACUCAAUUACGGUCGUAUUUCCUUAUCCCUCUGCCCGUAUUUCAGUCAGAAACAAGGGAGAAACCUCGGUAGUGUAAUUACGGGCAGGAUCAGACCAAAUACGCUCGUAAUUGUGCCCGUAAUUGGUUCAGAGAGACUGGUUCGCCCUCCAGUCACCGUUCCUGAUCACCAUUUCACGGUAACAUCGUUCCCCUUCCCUCUGCUCCAUUGAGGGCAAUGUCGAACUUAAGUGUGACUACGACGACCUAUAAUGAUGACUGGGACGUGCAGUAGAAUUGUGUAGGGGUUCAGUUUUUCAACUGUUUGCUUACCAACUGUGACUUGGAUUUAUCACUUGUUCUUGACAGUCAUUUAUGCAUCUAGUUCAUGGAAUCAGAAUGAGAGAUAGAGCAUAUAGGUAGCCAUGUGAGAUUUGAUCCUGCUCGUUUCUUUCUUGUGCGAUAGAUCCCUCUUCCAUGAUGUGUAGCACUCACGUUGUCACUAGCUAAGAUGAUGGAGGCAUAAGAUUAGCCCACGACCAAAUUGAUUGUCCUAGUGUGUCGUACCCCCUAGUCAGCCCCUUUGAGUCGUGUCACUUUCUUUCUUUCGGGUUAUAAUGGAAAAUCACCCUUUUGCAUCUCUUAGAAGGUUCCACGGAGUGGUUUUUGCAUGUUCUCUACUGUUUCUGCUAAAAUAAUGUGAGGGUUGGAGGUAGUUCUUAAAAAAGUUGGGCAUGUGUUUGAAAAAUGUGCAAAGGUAGUGAUUCUCUCAAGAAAUGAAAAAAAAAGAAAAAAAUGGAUGAAAGCUAAAGAGAGCCACUACCAAAAAUCUGAAUCAUGCUCAUUAAGUAGUGUUUCUUAGCAGUCUGGCUUAGAAAUACUAACAUUAUUGUGAUGAUACCCAUUUAUAUGAACUCUAACAUUUAGAGGCUGCCGUCAUGGUGAAGAGACGUUAGGGAUUGAGAGAAUAAGUAUGCGCAUUUUUUACAUCAAAUUGUCCUGACCCCACUGGUCGAGAGUGAGUGAUUCAUUUCCUUGUUCUUUACACUCUUUACCCCGGUGAGGACCUAGAUGGCUCGGUCUUGAUUCUGAUGUCUUGAGUUUUAUGCAUGAGUUGACUGUCUUGAAUAAGUGGUUGAGUCAAGUCUAGGUUGGUUGGUGAACAAAAGGGAGACUCUUCCUAUAUCCGAUUUUGCUGCACUCGAAUGUCCUCUGUGGUGGUCGUCCAGGUUUCUGUUGAAGUUGUUCAUGUGUUGAUAUCUAAAAGCAAGUAUGAUUCUCGUGUUUCGUGCCUAUAUGAUAUGUCCCCAAGGCUUGCAUGAUUGAAAUGUGUUGAGCUUUCCUUGUAUCUGACUUGGUUUGCUUGGGGACAAGCAAACAGUUAAGUGUGGGGGGAUUUGAUAGCCUCGUAUUGGCACAUGUUUGCACCCUUGUUUCUUAACCAUUUUGCCUCAAACUUGUGGUGUCUUGGCCUAUUUUAUGCUAGAUUGUGUUCCUUUGUCACAUUUCAGGUCCUAGUAUGUAAAUUGAAGCAAAGGCGCAAGUUUCAAGUCAAUCGGAAUCCAUUUGGCAAUUCGGGAGAAGAAACACGGGCAUGACCU